UGUGCGCAAAUCUGCCGAACUUCUCAGCUGAAAAAAUGUUACCGAAGCAAGUAACCGUCUGCACUAUAUUCCUUGCGUUGCUGUGGGCAGAUGUGAAAGCACAGGAUAUCGACAAAGAUUUGGAUAAAAUUAAUACCGAUUUGGACACAAUUAUCAAUAAGAAAAUUGGAUUCGCGUCCACACCGGAUGAAAUAGAAUACAAUAAGGAAAUAGAUAAUGUACAGAUCGCCAGGAAUAAUAACGAUAGAACACAAAACUCGCUCAAUGAAAAGACUGAAGCCAAAAAGCGGUUUGAGUAUUACGAAAGCCGCAGAGAUGACUUAAAGCAAACGAUUAAUAAACUUUUAUCACUAGCUGAGAACUUAAACGACACUCCGAUUGUUAACAGCUUAAAAAACGCCCUGACCCAGCAAAAUAAUUAUAAAGAAUUCGCAAUAGCCAAUGCUUUGGAACAAUUGGUUGCCGACAAAAAUAACACUGAAAUGCCAAAUAAUUUGAUUGGUAACCCAAUUCAGCCAAAUGAUCCGAGUGACUUGAGUAAUUUUCUUGACGUUUUAUCAAAAUUCGUACGCGCUGGCGGCCAUUUGUUUUCACCUACCGUGUAUAAUCAAAUAAGUCCUUAUGAUUCGUCGAUCUCCCAACCCGACAAUAAUUUAAACAAACAACUGAAGGAAUUGUUAAAAACGUUGAACAAAAAGCUUGAUACCUUAAACAAGGGGGACUAUGAUGAAUGGUUAGAGUGGUUUGAAUGGUUUUAACGGUUCAUAAUACAAUAGUUUUUGGUAAAUGCACGAGUAACGGUAACGCUCUUUUUGAACAACGCUUGCACCUUCAUUAGUACAUAUGUAAGCUUUUUCGGUUUAUUUUCAACUAUUCUAUCAACUAUAUAUAAAUAUAUACAUGCAUAUAUAAUUUUCGUCUACAAUAAAUAUUGAAAGCAU